CAACUUUCAUUCUUCAACCAACUCCUCUCUCUCUCUCUCUCUCUCUCUUCCCCAACCUUUUCAAUAAGUGCCCUCUCUUUCUCUCUCUACCCAAACAGAAAAUCCACCACCGCAGAAGACCACAUUAAUAACAAACAAAAAUCCCACAAUGGGCGUCAACUCCAGCGACCGACCCGACGGGUACCGGCCGGAACCCACGAAACAGGCCGCCGUCGCCCCCGCCGCCGCCACCCCCAUCCCGUCCCCCGAUCAGGAGCAGCGCCACCACGACGUGUGCCUGCCGCCGCACAUGACCACGCUCCAGAAACUGAAGAAGCGGCUCGCCGAGGUCUUCUUCCCCGACGAUCCCCUCCACCGCUUCAAGAACCAGACCGGGCCCCGCAAGCUCCUACUGGGCCUCCAGUUCGUCUUCCCCGUCUUCCAGUGGGCCUCCGAGUACGACCUCGCCCUCCUCCGCUCCGACGCCGUUUCCGGCCUCACCAUCGCCAGCCUCGCCAUCCCUCAGGGAAUCAGUUAUGCGAAGCUGGCGAAUUUACCGCCAAUUGUUGGGCUAUACUCGAGCUUCGUGCCGCCAUUGAUAUACGCGCUGCUGGGGAGCUCAAAGCACCUGGCAGUUGGUCCAGUCUCCAUAGCCUCGCUAGUAAUGGGUUCGAUGCUCAGCGAAGAAAUCUCGCCAACUCACGACCCGAUUCUGUACCUGAAGUUGGCCUUCACUUCCACCUUCUUCGCUGGGCUCUUCCAGGCCUCGCUCGGCCUCCUCCGGCUGGGUUUCAUCAUCGAUUUCCUCUCCAAAGCGACUCUCGUCGGGUUCACCGCCGGCGCCGCCAUCAUCGUCUCGCUUCAGCAGCUGAAAGGGCUUCUGGGUAUCGUUCAUUUCACGGGGAAGAUGCAGUUCGUCCCUGUUAUGUACUCUGUUUUCCAUCAGAGAGAUGAGUGGAAGUGGCAAACGAUUGUGAUGGGCUUCAGUUUCUUGCUCUUUCUCCUGACAGCAAGGCAUAUUAGCAUGAAAAGGCCAAAGCUUUUCUGGGUUUCAGCUGCUGCACCAUUAACAUCAGUCAUGAUCUCAACCAUUCUAGUCUUCUGCCUGAAAACCAAGCUCCAUGGAGUCUCAGUUAUUGGUCAUCUUCCAAAGGGAUUGAAUCCGCCAUCAGCGAACAUGCUCAAUUUCUCUGCUUCUUACUUGGGGCUCGCCAUCAAAACCGGGAUCAUCACUGGAAUCUUGUCUCUCACCGAAGGAAUCGCAGUAGGAAGGACAUUUGCUGCUAUGAAAAACUACCAAGUGGAUGGGAACAAAGAAAUGAUGGCGAUCGGUCUUAUGAACAUAGCCGGUUCCUGUUCAUCUUGCUACGUGACAACGGGAUCCUUCUCUCGAUCUGCAGUGAACUACAAUGCUGGAGCUCGGACCGCAGUCUCCAACAUAAUCAUGGCUGCAGCUGUGCUAGUGACACUCCUGUUUCUCAUGCCGUUGUUUUACUACACUCCCAACGUCAUCUUGGCUGCCAUUAUCAUAACGGCAGUGAUAGGACUCAUCGAUUACCAGGCUGCAGUCCGGCUGUGGAAGGUCGAUAAACUCGACUUCAUGGCCUGCUUGUGCUCCUUCCUUGGGGUUCUCUUCAUUUCAGUCCCCCUAGGACUUGCCAUAGCAGUUGGAGUUUCGAUAUUCAAAGUUCUGCUACAUGUUACAAGGCCAAACACUCUGGUGAUGGGGAACCUACCAGGAACUCAAGUAUACCAGAACAUCAGAAGAUACAGACAGGCUCUAAGAGUUCCGUCGUUUCUAAUUCUCGCGGUCGAGUCUCCUAUUUACUUUGCCAAUUGUACAUACCUACAAGAAAGGGUAAUGAGAUGCAUAAGAGAGGAAGAGGAGUGGAUACAAGAGAAUGGUGGCAGCAUGUUGAAGUGCAUAAUCCUGGACAUGACAGCUGUGACAGCAAUAGACACCAGUGGGAUUGAGUUUGUGAGCGAACUUAGGAAGACGCUAGAGAAGAGAUCGAUUCAGCUCGUGCUUGUGAAUCCAGCAGGGAGUGUGAUGGAGAAGCUACAUCAGUCUGAAGUGUUGGAGGCUUUUGGGGUGAAUGGGGUGUAUCUUACUGUUUCAGAUGCUGUUUCUGAUAUUUCUGCACUGUGGAAAUCAGAGGCAUAGAUGCAAAUUACAGAGACCCUUCAAGCUGAAGGAAUGAGAAAUUGAUAUUAGGCAACAACCCAAUUGGAAAGACUUCCUUAGACCACAGCCCCUUUUUGUAAGCUUAGGGUUGAUGCCUCUCUUUUCAGCAUAGUAUAUGAGACUAUGCUUAGUGUUGUAUCCUUUUCUAGUGUACUCACUAUCUCUCUCAUCUCAUGUCAGUCUCUAUAUUAAUGAUUAUAGAAAUCUAAUGGGUUAAUUGCAAGGAUGGUCACUGGGUUUACUAAAACCGUUCAUGUUUGGUCACUGUAAAUAUUUAAUUUCAUUCAUGGUCACUAAGAUUAGUUCAAUAGUUCAAAUUUGGUCACUCUCCGUUAGUCUCCGUUAAUUUUUGCUGAUGUGGCAGUCAACUAUUAUAGUUGACCGUUAAAUGGAUGACGUGGCCAUUAAAAAAAUAAUAAAAUUUUAAAUUUUAA